UUUAUAUUUCAGUUAAUGCAAGGCAAGAUGGCUGACAUGUACACUCGUCUCAGUGCAUGCAGGUCCUAUGUAUAUGGUGUGGCUAGGGCCUGUGAUGCUGGUCAUAUCACUUCAAGAGAUUGUGCAGCCGUUGCUCUGUACGCUGCUGAGAAUGCAACGCAGGUCGCUUUAGAUGCAUACAGUGUCUUGGAGGGAAUGGUUACAUCAAUGACUAUGCUACAGGUAGACUACUCAGAGAUGCCAAAUUAUACGAAAUUGGAGGCUGUACCAGUGAAAUACGAAGACUUCUUAUUGGCAGAACUUUUAACCAAUUAUAUAAAUAGUUGAGAGUACUCGGCAUAUGCAUGUAUCAAUUCAAAACGUGCCACUCAGGCCUUUCUUUCUGGUUCCUGCGAAAAUAUUAUAAAAAAUAGGCAAAACCCAGGGAAAUAUUUUUUUUUUUACUUAAGGAUGAUAUUUAAAAAAUAUUCUCCACAAAUUCGUGAAAAAUAUACUUUUGCAAGACUUAUUGAUAGUGAUAAGUAAAUAAAUUACUCUCAGUGUUUAAAUUUCCAGUAAGGCCGUUGCUGAUUGGCUCCUAAGUUGGAAUGACAAUUUCGUUUUUUAUUACCCAGAAAAUUGUUUUAUGUUAUUUGUGUAAUUAGGUGAUCGUAUGCAAGGGAUUUUUCCACACAAAAACUAUGAAUCAGUCAAAUGUUGUUAGCAGUUGGCCUAAUAUCUAUGAAAGUUUUUUUUUUCCUGAUUUUGAUGUUUUUCAACUUGUCUCUUAUUUAGUUUCAUGUCGUAUUUAUAGUAAAUAUUGAUGAAUUAGUCGCAUUUAUUUUAUUAUCGCUUGUACGCCAGCUGACUGUGUGUUUAAUAUGUAUAUUAUGUAAAUGAGAAAUAUAACGGGGAGAUUUGGAA